UUCCAUGAUCGUUCAUCAUCAUGAUCGCUCUAAAUUCCAAUGGUUCGGCACCCAUGGCUCGUCUGAGGAGGAGGAUUAUAAGAAGCACGCAGACUAGUGAAGUGGGGUAGACAACCAUAGGCAACGAAUGAAGACGAAACGCAUUGCUACACGACACACAGACAGAAUGGCAGUGGAAUGGAGAAGUGGAGGGAGCUGAAGAUGAGGAGAGAGAAAGAAAAAGGGGAGAAGCCGGUGUAGGCAGCCGGUAAAGGCACGUUUUUAGUAAAGCAUCGUAAAACGCCGGCGAUUCUUGUUCGUUUCGAGUUCUGCUCGAUCGUUCGGUGUAAUACACCAAGUUUCGUUGACCUCUCGUUGCGCUUCUUUUUAUUAUAUAGCGCGGGUUUUAUUGUACAAUAUUACCGACGUAAUUCGACUAAAUAGCGAAAACGAAAUUUCUCGCAGUACACAGACCAAUUACACGCGUAUCGUUCCGCGUUGAGAGCGUUGAGCCAAUUGCGUGAACAAAUAAUCAGGGCCAAUUAAGUGUACGGGCGCAAUGACUUCCGCGUACGAAACGACGACAGAACGCGAGGAGCAGAAGGCCACAAGUCCGCAAGAUACUGCGCGAGUAUUUUUCAACCCGGACGCUGCCUCUGAUAUGGAGGAGACGUCGUCGUCAUCUCGAGCCAGUCUCGCAACAGGUGACUCGUCUUUCGAAGAAUCCACACUUUUUUCUUCCGUAGAAGUCAGCGUUCUGUCUGCAGGUGAAUCAUUCGAUGGGGAUCUGGGAAUGUUUGAGAAAGAAAAAGAAAAUAAGGACGAAGGAAACAUCAGCAUCUCUGUAAAUUUGGUAAAUAUUUCACAAAUGAAUACAUCUAAAAACGGGGAAUUGUCUUUCGAAGAUAAUGAAAGGCAUAAGGAAAAAAAAUCGGUUUUAUUGGCGGAUUAUAUCGCAUCGGAAAGCACAUCCACGUGCAAUGCAAGAAGGGAGCAGGACAAGGACCAGAAAAAUCGAAACAUACUGCAGAUCCAAGUGCAGGAACAACGUGACAGUAGUGUUCACCCCGGGGAGAAAUUCCGAAAUUCCGCGAUGGAAGACGCGGUGCGAGUUUGUUGCGAGAAUGUAGCGGAAAUUUGUCUGAACACGGAUGAGAAACAAGAUGAAUUUGAAAGGGAAAUUAUCAGCCGGCAGGACAGUGACUCAUUUUAUGAUGCAGUACGAUCGGGAAACGCCAAGCGCGUCUCGAUGUUGAUCGCCAACGGUUGCGUGCAAAAUCUGGACGAACCGGAUUGGAACGUGUCGGGCGAUCCACCCUUAUUGAUGGCUGCAACGAAUCAUUGCCUUCCUGUGCUGAGUGCGCUACUAGCGAACGGGUGCGAUCCAGCUGUGCGUUCACCGCGGGGUGAGACGGCACUUCACAGAGUAAUCCUGAACGGCGGACCGGGUAACGUGUUGAAAUUCGUGGAGGACCUCUUGAAAUACGACUGUCCGCCAGGCGUCAAAGAGGCCGGCAGUGGAUCGACUGCGUUGCACGUGCUGUCUCGUCAACUGGCUCACACAUCGCUAAAAUCCCUUCGUCAUAAUUUCGAUGUGGCUCUGAAGACGCUAGAAUUAUUGGCGAAAGCAGGACCCGUUAACGCUAAGGAUCAUCAAGGUCGAAGUGCCUUGCACAUUUUAGCAUCAUCAACUAUCUUUGAUAACAAUGACAAUACCGAUAUCGAAUCGUUGAUUGGUACACUUCUAGCCGCCGGCGCGGAUACUGCGUUGAAGAAUGAUCGCGGAGAGACCGCUUUGCACGAGAGUUUGGAGUGCGGUGCGUUAAACACAGCGACAUUAUUGAUACAGCACACGCCAACAGGCAUCACGUCGCGAUACGGUGAAACCCCGUUGCAUAUAGCGUCGCGAAAAAACCAUGUUGAUAUGGUUACAAAGCUACUUGAGCACGGUGAAGACCCUGGCACGCAGGACGCCGGCGGGAAUACUCCAUUGCACCUCGCAUCAGCAAGAGGAUUUCAUCAGACGGUAUCAUUGUUGGUCACCUCACCCUUAGCGCAAUUGGAGAAGGUCAACAUUGACGGUUUGACGGCGUUGCAAGUUGCUGCCGAGAGUGGAUUCGCUAACGCCGUCAGAAUACUGUUGAAGGCUGGUGCCGAUCCCAGCCAAACCAUGCAUUAUUGUGCGACCAUUCUGCGCCGUCAUCCCGACAUCUCGCUCUUAAUCGACCACGAAUUGACCAGACGUCGACAACUUGCCGCCUGAUCCAUUGAUUUCCUACUGACAUCCGGCAAUUUGUUUAAGAUGGCUAAAUAUUACUACGGACAAAGUGCAAUUAUCACACUUGUUGGCCUUGUUGCUCAAUAUUACAAUACAAAUUUGCAGAAAUUAUACAGGGUAUCUAUUUUAAAAGAUCCACUCAAAUAUGUCAGAAACACUACGUUAAAUUGAAAAAUGUUUCAGACAAAAAUUUUUUUACUUCAAGAGGGACAUAAGAUGGUACGAUUGGUUUUAAUCUUGGGUGAUGUCAAGGUCAAGGCAAGGUCACUUUGAAUUUUUUAAAUGGGAUCCCCAAU